UGCGCUUCAUCCCCACCAUCGACAUCAAUCGCGUCGAACCUUACAAUACAGCCCAACCUCUUCAUCCAAAGUCAAUAAACUCGACAACUUCUUCCCUACUGCAGGGAAGAGUAUCUACCUCUUCAUCAUUGGCUUUAGAGCCAAAAUGACCGGCCAAAGCUACAAUGAUGUUCUCACGUUUUUGCACGUUGAAUUGAGCCAAGCCGAAACAGAAGAAAGCUGGAAACGUCGCCAUGACCUUCUUGGCAAGCUCUCAGAAAUCCUCGAAAAAAGAAUCGAAGGAAGCACACUCCCCAGAGACUUUGUCGAACGUUGCAAAGGCAUCUUGCCCGACAUCGUCAAGGCUGCCGGUUCAGAGCGGACCACCUUGUCUUCUCAAGCCUGCAAGACCAUCAUCAACAUCGUCAAAAACCUUGAAACUCACAUACAAUCACAACUCGACAUCAUCCUUCCCGACUUGAUAACCCUCUGUGGCUCUACCAAGAAUAUCAAUCAAAAGAAUGCCAACGAAGCCAUUCUCGCCAUCUGCAAGCAUGCAGGUUACAGUCACCGCCUCUUCUACCACACCUGCGCUGCCUUCAAAGACAAGCGCAUCCCCCCUCGCACGUACGCCCCAGAUUGGCUGCGUCUUCUCCUUGAAAAUUACCGCAAUCAAAUGGAUCAAGACAAGGAUGGCGAACUCGCAAGGAAGGCCAUCUAUGAAGGCCUCCGAGACAGUCAGCCCAAAGUACGAGAGAACACUCGUGCCGCAUACUGGCAAUACCAAAAGUAUGACGUUCAAGGAGCACGUAUGAUCAUCGGAGGCCUCGGCACACAUGCUGCCAAUGCACUCCGGGACGAUCCCAACAACCCAGACAAACCCAGCAAGCCUGCGAAGAUUCCGAGCAGACCUGGUUCCGCAUUGGCCCAAAUCAGAGCUCAAAGCAAACAACGUAUGCAGCAGCAGGGUGCACACCAGCAAAAUCCACAACCACAAAGUCUUACCAGAGGUACCACUCCAGCCUCCCUCAGACCUGAUGACUUUGCAUUUGGCUCCCUCAAGGAGCUGGACCACCUCACAGACAAAGACAAGGCAAUGAUUGCCAAACAAGCAAGCACCAUGACGGCAUCCCGCCCAAAAGACAAGACUCAUACUCCUCACCAUAGUGAAUCCUCCACAUCUUCACGUCAGGGUGCUUCCACACAGUCUCGUCAUCAAAAGACAGCCUCACGAGACAACAAAAUCGACGCAAAGGACAUCAAAACUUCAAGUCCUCAAGUUGAGGCCAAAUCUCUCAUGUCUGCCCCAAUCCGCAGAGGCCGCAUCGUAGCCACUCCAAUCGCACCAGCUGGCUCCUCCCGCCCUGGUUCUCGCGGUGAGGCGGUCAAGAAACCCUCAGAAACAAAGGAAACAUCUUCUGGCCGUCAAACACCAGUUCAUCAACUCGACAAAGAGGCCCCAUCAUCUGUUCCCAGCCACCAUCGCAAGACUGCGAGCCGCCAAGAGGCAAUUAUGGCUGAAGAAAGAGGCACUACCCGUGCAGCAGAUGUCCGAUCAACCAAAAAGACUGAGCGACAUUCUCCUGUCAUCGUCGAAGCACCACUACUACUUUCCAACACAGUUCCUGCUAAUGGCAAGAAAGCUGACCGCCAACCACCGGUCAUCGUCGAAGACUAUUCGGCGUCUGCACCUACCACAAACAAAGUAUCAAAUGAGAUUGAUCAAAACGGUACUCAAUCAGCACCCGCCGCGACUCUUCAGUUACGUCCUGUGCGACCUUUGGCCCCAGAAAACCUGGCCAGCCUUCCUGCUGAACGCCUUGCUGAAAGAGCAGCAACGCGCCAGCAUGUGCCAGAGGGCAAAGAAAACGAUGUUGUCAAACCACGCAGCAAGAAAUCUCCCUCUCGCUCACCACAAAGAUCACCACGUCGUCGCAAUAGCAUCUCUUCGGCCAAAAGAUCACUUGCAACUGCGAUCGAGCAUCUUCGCCAUCGCAACCUCGAUGCCUUGGGCUAUCGACGGCUUAGAAAGCUCAUUGAGACCCAUCCUCAUGUCUUGAUCACACGACAAACACAACAUCAUGAGCUCUUUGAGCUUCUGGUUCAAAACAUUGGGUGCUUUGACGAACUCGUCGAAUCUCGGGACAGGAGAACAGUUAACAUCAACCACCCUGUCUACAAUCGACACACGAUGUUGAUCAUCAUCAUCGAGUUGUUCAGACAAUACCCUCAGUGGCCAGAGCCACAACCGGGCAUGACGCUCUGCGCGCUACUCAUCGCCAGAUGCAACCAUAGUUCAGGCUACGCAGCUGUCUUACAAACUAUUGACGACUCGGCCUACAUUCUCUGCACAUCUUCUCAAAAUCCACUUCCUACUAUCGACGCUGUUCUCGACACACUUGAACAAAUCGAGUAUAUCAUUACCAACAAUGACCCCAUUAUUACACCUUCAUCCACCAAAUCAGUAUUCAUAAACAGUCUGCAGAGUUUUGUCUCAGACUUUGCACCGGAACGUCCGCGCUUUGCGACACGGUUGCCUAUUGUUAUGGCGUUUGGGGUCAAACUCCUGAUUCUUCUGCUCCAACGGCUCGUGGUCUGCCGUGAGGAGUUGUAUGGCAUUCAGGAGGAACGCCUGGCACGCUUUGCAGAACACCUCCUCACCACCUACACUGGCCUCAUCAAAAGACAAGUGAUGGAAUACUGCACUGCACUGCACGCCGUCAUCAAACCUGAACAAAAAUUCUACAGUUACUUCAGCCGAGAAUCAGACAAAAAUCUUCUGCACUACUAUGUCGCCGGCUCUACGGCUGGGUUGUACGGGGCUUCAGAACCCAUGGCCCGGACUGUCAUCUCUUCGGUCCCGGCCAUUGAGUACAUGGAACCCGAGCCUUCGACCUUUGACCCUGGGUCUGAAGUCUCAGCUCAAUGGAAGCUGGCACACACUUCUACCGAAACAUCAGCCACAAUGGUCGGGUCUUCUGUCAGCGAAUUUGCUACAUCAGAGGAGAGCAGCAAUUGGAAAGUCUUGGGAGCCACUGCCGAGGAGUAGUGGAUGGAUGGCAACCAGCCAGGAUCAACAUACAGGAUCUUUGAGCUCCAAAGAACAAGUCUUUUGACGAAAACAAAGGUGUAUUAUUAUCAAUGUUGUUGGACUGGGAUCACGAAUCAUGGACGUCCAUGAAGGAAUGGGUUAUGGGUUUUGUUGCAAUGGGCACAGUGGUUUCACACAGGACACAAGGACAUUGGAAUGGAUUCACAUUGUGGAUGAAGGCUUCAAUGCCUUUGUCCUCGGACUUUACCACACUCGUUGGGACCUCAAUCGGGGAUAAGCAAUGGUGUUGAAACGACACAGAAACCAAUGAUGGUAAAUCAUAGAGAGAAUCAAUCAGCAAUGAGCUUCAUA